AUGAAUCCAGUACCGCGAAAAAGCACCAUAGCGAAUGAUUUGGAUCGUUUAUUGCCGGAAAAUUUGGAUAUUCUCAAACUCGUCGGAAGAGGUGGCUAUGGAAAUGUCUACCAAGUACGACAGAAGACCGACGGUGGUGUGUAUGCAAUGAAGGUCGUCACCAAAACUACAAAGGCAUUUGACCCGGUCCAUCUUGCCCAGGAGAAGAAAAUUAUGGCAACUGUCAAAAAUCCAUUCCUCUGUGUAAUGCAUCACAGUUUCGAAAACGAUCAGAAGGCAUAUCUCGUCUUGGAGUUUCUAUCCGGAGGUGAGAUGUUUACAUAUCUCAACAAGAAAAAGAAAUUGGAUGAGGAAACUACAAGAUUCUACAUAGCUGAGAUAGUUCUCGCGUUAGAAUACCUUCACAAGAAUGAUGUUAUCUACCGUGACCUAAAACCAGAGAAUAUUAUGUUCGAUAAGAACGGACACAGUAAAUUGAUCGAUUUUGGGCUCAGCAAGUCAAAUGUGCCGAAAGGAGGUUACACAACAACACUUUGUGGAACUAUGGAAUUUAUGGCUCCAGAAAUAAUCAGAAGAUCACCUUACGGGCACCCAGCCGACAUUUGGGCUCUUGGAAUUUUGAUGUUUGAUAUGCUUGCUGGUGGACCACCGUUUUAUGGAAGGACUAAACAGGAGUUGGCACAACAUAUUUUGCAUGGAAAAAUCGGAAUGCCGAUUCACAUUUCUCUUGAAGCAAGAGACGUAAUCAAAGGGCUAAUCACACGAGCGCCUCUCAGGAGAAUUACCAUUCCUGAUAUUAAGGAAACGGCUUUCUUCGAGCCAAUGGAUUGGGAAAAACUGAAAGCUCGUCAGAUUAAACCUCCGUUUCAACCACUUCUUGAGAGCAAUGAAGAUGUUUCUCAAUUCGAUGUUUUUUUUACUGAGAUGGCACCGGAAGAUCCGUCAUGUGAAACUGCAGAACUUGAUGAAAACUCUAAUCAAGAAGCCGAUCCGUUUGCUGGAUUCGAGUUCCAAGGACCGAUCAUCAAGAACAAAAAGUUGAAGUCAUCCAAGUCAAGAAGCAAUAUUAUCAAAAGGUGGAUUCUGGACAAAUUUUUUACGUGCUUGAGCUGA